GGUAAAAAAUUAAGGCGUCUGUACCUGUUGCGCGGCAGGAAGCCAAGCAGACACCUGACCACAGAGGUUUAUGAUUAAAGAAGUGUUUUCUCCUGUCGUGUCGGGAAAACUGGGGAACUCUAGAAACAGAAGUAGUUAGUAAAAACUAAUCUAGGAGCAGCGAUGGUUUGCGGCGGCUUCGUUUGCACCAAGAACUCCCUCUGCGCUCUCAAUGUGCUCUAUGUGCUGGUCAGCCUGCUGCUGAUCGGAGUGGCAGCCGGGGGGAAAUGGUUCGGCCUGGUCACCAGCAUCAGGGUGGUGGCCGGGGUCAUCGGCGUGGGCGUCUUCCUGCUCCUGGUGGCCUUCGUGGGGCUCUGCGGGGCCCUGAGGCACCACCAGGUCCUGCUCUUCUUUUACAUGAUCAUCUUGUUCAUGGUGUUCGUCGUGCAGUUCGCAGUGUCCUGUGCUUGUCUGGCCCUCAGUAAAGACCAACAGGACCACCUGCUGGAGGUCGGAUGGAACAAGUCGGAGGCCACUCAGAGGGAUGUGGAGAAGACGCUGGACUGUUGCGGCUUCUCACAUCUCGAAAGCAACACCACGUGUGCUGCUAGCUGCUUUCACAGUCAGCGCCCUUGUAAGACCUGCUCAGCAACCAUCGAGGAGUACACUGGGGAGGUGCUGCAUUUUGUGGGUGGCAUUGGACUCUUCUUCAGUUUUACAGAGAUCCUGGGAGUUUGGCUGACCCACAGAUACAGAAACCUCAAGGAUCCUCGUUCAAAUCCUGGAGCCUUUCUAUAAAUAAUGAGAAUUUAAAUCACCAAAUGUUGCACUACUGAUUUUUUUUUUUUUAACUCUGUAAAUCGCAUGUAUCAAAUUGUUAUAUUUCAUUUUUGCUCUGAAUUAUUUUCAUAGAAUUUUUUUUUUUUUUUUGCCAUUUGUGUUAAUGAAAGCUCUUGGCCAGUUAGGUCAUGAACAUUACCUGCCUCUGUCUACGUGAAAUCUGAGAACUGUUUGUUUAAAUUGUGAUCUGUGUCAAAGAGAUAAGAGUCAGGAGCAAUUGUGUAUGUUCACCUCACACACCCUUUGCAAAUAAAAUGCAGGAUCAAGACUA